AUGACGCAUAGCACUCCAAGUUUGGUCAGCCUGGCGUCGUUCGUGACUUCUAGCAUCGCAAUCUUUACCUCGCAUCCCCCUUCACUCCCCCCCUCACCCUCCCUCCCCCCCCCGCCUUACUCCCUCUCACCGCACCGCCAAGCGUGCGACGCGUUCAUCGGCCAGUCCAAGUGCGUGCAACUGCAUGCAUCCCCCAUCAUCCCCACCAUCUCCACCGCUUCCUCUCAACUCCUCACCUCCUUUCACCCAUUCUCACCCCUCUCAACCCCCAUCACUCUUCGUCCGCCAGGCGUGCGACGCGUUUAUCGGGCAGACCACGUGUCUGCAGCUGCUGGAGGACCUUACCUGCGCUCUCACGUGCAACCCAGGUGGGUUCAGAGUGGUGGUAUGUACAUGGUGCCGUACAACCCAGGUGGUAACCAGGCGCCGUGCAACCCAGGUGGUAACCAGGUGCCGUGCAACCCAGGUGGUAACCAGGUGCCGUGCAACCCAGGUGGUAACCAGGUGCCGUGCAACCCAGGUGGUAACCACGCGCCGUGCAACCCAGUUGAUGCGAGCGCGUAUGUGAGCGCCAUGGCAGCAGGCACGGUGAUCAGCGUGUGUGAGGCGUUUGCACAGGCAGUGAUGGAAGGCUGCCAGGGCAUUGACUUGGGAGAGGUACCUCUGAGCCGAGUAGCACCGGACCCAUCGUCCUUCAUGAGCAUAGUGGCGGCGAGCGUGACGGCACUCAUGGGCGCGGCUGAUAUCACCAUAACCGUCGACAAUACAGUGAGUGCGCCCUCUACACUCAUUGCAGUGGUUGUGGCAGCGAGCGUGGCAGCACUCAUGGGCGCGGCUGAUGUGACAAUCACCGUGGACAACACCGUAAGACCCUUCCCAUCGUCCUUCAUGACCAUCGUGGCAGCGAGUGUGGCAGCACUCAUGGGCGCGGCUGAUGUGACAAUCACCGUGGACAACACCGUAAGACCCUUCCCAUCGUCCUUCAUGACCAUCGUGGCAGCGAGCGUGACAGCACUCAUGGGCGCGGCUGACGUCACCAUUACCGUGGACAACACGGAAUCUUGUUUCAACGGCACGGGUCUCUAUCCCCGCUACACUGCCUGCUGCGACCCGCUCACCAUCCCCCCCACAUGCCCUCCCAACUCCAUCAACUCCUCUUACUCCUCCUCCCUCUCCCCUCUCUCCACCACCUCCUCCUCUCUCCCCUCUCUCACCCGAGUCACCGACCCAGACGCGUGCAUGCUAGGCACUCUCCCCCCAAUCUCCCAACCUCCCGAACCUGCCCCGUCCUCCGAGCCUUCCCCGGGCCUCUCGCCCGAGCCUGCGCCGCCCCCUCCCGGACCUGUCGUCUACCCUGCAUGCCCAUUCACUAAAGAGCCCCCGACAAUCCCUAAGAGGGUUUCGACUCGCUGCCCUGCUGCUGCAAAUAAGACGUGCUGCGGCGACUGCAGCGACUUAGGUUCGGCGUUAAGGCUCGUGGGGACGAACCUAGAGGAUGUUGUGGUGCUGAUUGAUCCGAGCCUGGUUGGAUUCGUAGACUCGGGCUUUAAGAUGUGUGACAUGUUCACAGGCGGGCAGAUGUGCGAGCAAGCCAUAGAGGAUCUGCUGUGCGCCGUCACAUGUAACCCAGUUGGAGCCGUCCCCCUGAGCACUCUCAUCACCUCUUCCAAGUCUUUCCUCACUCAGCUGUCACCACUAACCACGUACACCCCUUCUCAACCCCCCUCCCCCCUCCUCCCCUCCAUCCCCUGCUUGCAGUCGGAGCCGUCCCCCUGA